GUCAGGAAGAAGCUUUGCUGGGGAGGCAUUGACGUCAGCAUGGAAAUAGACACUGGCUCUCCUGUCUGCGUCAUUCCUCGGAACGUGUAUCUUCAGUGCCGAAACCGCUGGCCUAGCCUUGCAAAAAGUGAACUGAGACUGAAUUGUUAUCUCGGGAAAUUGCCCAUCUUAGGAGAGCUGCAUCUGGACGUUGCUUUCCAGGGCCGCACGGUUCCUGCAAACCUGGUGGUGUUGGAUUGCCUUGGACCCAGCCUUUGUGGCCGGGAUGUAAUCAACAAGUUGAACUUGCUUGGCGCAGAAGUGGCCUCUGUUUCCGCUCACCGAGACCACCAGGAUUUGGAAUCCCUGCUGAGCGACUUCCAGGACCUGUUCGAGCCCGGUCUAGGAGCCAUCGAGGGGCCCCCCGUACAUCUCUACCUGAAGGAAGGAGCUCGCCCGAAAUUCAUGAAGGUCCCAACCAUUCGCCCUCAUGCUGCCGUGUGGUACCGGAACUUCGGGCAAGGUGAAAAAUGGUUGCCCGGGGUGGUGGAGAGCAACCACGGCGCUCGCAUGACUGUGGUAUCUACUCCCGGAGGCAACGUCCGCCGUCAUCUCGAUCAACUGCGGUUACGGGAGGUCAAGGCGGAAACCAGCGAGGCACCCGCCGCCAGCGGUUCAGCAGUACCUGCACCCUCUCCCAGGAGCCCUGCUGACCAGUUGGCCCGAGCCGCAGCCGCCAGCGGUUCAGCGGUACCUGUACCCUCUCCCACGAGCCCUGCUGACCAGUUGGCCCGAGCCGCGGUACCUGCAGCCUCGGCCAAGAGCCCUGCGAACGAGUUGUACGGCGACGCCACGACCUCAAGCGAGCCCGAAGACAGCUGUGUGCCGUUCCAGCUGCGACGGUCCACUCGGACUCGGAAACCCAUUGAUCGCCUUCAAUUAUAAGAGAAGGAGAAUUGUUAUCACUUCGGCCGAGUCACCGAAGCAUGACUUACUGUUAUCCGCCUUUUGUUUGUUUUAUUAACUGCGUUGCCAUUGGUCCGUGGAGCGCUAUAUAUAGUUCCACGCGGGCCCGAAAUAAACCGUUCAUACCCUGGUA